UGGGUGGAUAAGACCAAGUUUCGAAUUUCCACAAGCGUCUUGUGCUUUGGUUAUUGAGGGAUCAGUUAGCUUUCCCAGUCUAUGACAGGCAUUUUCAGUUCUUCUUGCUCUCGCAUGCAAUAAACUUGCAUUGUUUUUAUAUUAAGUUUGUCUGGACACAAUUUUCAACUUGAUCAUUUUCAAUUCAUGGAAACUAUAUAUUUCCUUUCAGUUUGUAUAAUGUCAAAUUGAAAUUCAGACAGUACUACUUACGUAUUAUCUCCGGUUAUGGAAAAAUUUGAUAUAGAGCAGCUCUGAAGUUUGUGAGCGUCUGAUUGAACUCAUUGAUUCAUGCAUAUUUAAUGGUUACUAUGAACGUUUUGUUCUCCCUUCUUCUCUAAUCAUAGUAGAAGAAUCAGUUUUGAGGGGUGUUAGCCGUUGCUUCAACUGUGUUGUUUUCCUGUUUGAAGGGAAUGCUUAAUACCAUUGCUGUUCUUUGGCUAGGAAUAGUCUCAAUAAAAUUAAAUGGUCUUUGGUUUUUAGUCUAAUGCUGUUUACUUUCAUGUUCCUUCACGAUCAACAUUAAAGUGGCAGCUCCUUUUCCCAUUUAGGGCAUGACAGACUCAACAAGUUCAGCAGAAACUGUCCCACCAGCGGUUGCUGAGAAUGGAGUCCGAGAAGUUAGACUAUUAGCAUCAACUGAUGAUGACUACAAUGGUGUUAUGGUUGAAAUGGACGAGCCUAUGGAUCCCGCAACCUUCAUGCCGAUUCUUAGAGCUUCAAUUUCACAUUGGAGACAGCUGGGCAAGAAAACCGUCUGGAUAAAGUUACCUAUACAUCAAGCCUGUCUUGUUGAACCUCUGGUUAAGGAGGGAUUUCGGUAUCACCAUGCAGAACCAGAGUAUUUAAUGCUUGUAUACUGGCUACCUGAAACUGCAAGUAAUAUUCCGGCAAACGCCACACAUCGUGUAUGUGUUGGUGGAUUUGUCAUGAAAGAAAAACAAAAGAUCUUAGUGGUUCAAGAAAAAAGUGGACCUUUUUGGAAACCUGGAGUCUGGAAAUUCCCCACUGGAUCUGUUGACCAGGGAGAAGAUAUAUGUGCAGCGGUAAUAAGAGAGGUCAAAGAAGAAACAGGAAUUGACACAGAAUUUUUGGAAGUGUUAGCCUUAAGACAAACUCCAAAGUCAUACUUAAUUACGAAGUCAGAGUUAUUCAUCUUGUGCAUGCUGCGCCCUCGUUCUUUUAAGAUCCAAGUGCAAGAACAAGAGAUAAGAGCUGCCCAGUGGAUGCCUUUUGAGGAAUAUGCAGCUCAGCCACUCAAUCAGAAGAACAAGUUUGUGAAGCAGAUGGAUGAAGUGUGCAGGGCAAAAAUGCGCGGCCAUUAUUCUGGGUUUAAUGUAGUUCCUUCAUCUUCACCCUUCCCUGACAGAGAGAGUUUCAUGUACUUGACCUCAAAUGUAAAGAAGAAGAAGAAGAAGAAGAAGAAAAUGAUUCACCAGAAAUGUUAACCAUCAUAAAAAG